AGUUUGGGACGAAGUACGAGUGUUACAUUAUUAGAGAAUUAUACGUGUAUUGUUUGGAAAGCUUGUGACGAGUGUAUAACUUCUCUUUUUCUUUAUGCUAAUGACCUUUAGAAAGCAGUAUUUAAAACCCUUUAUUCUUUACAUUGACGCCGGCAGAGAAGAAGCAUUGAGCUAAAGAGUGUGUUUGUUGCAGGAAGUUACUGUGACAGCUGCUGAGGCAUUAUUUUUACACCUGUAUUCUACGAAUACUGCUGUAUUGUGAUUGGCUAGUAGCCGCGCGUGUGUUUUAAAGGACAGCGCUGAUUGGACAGCCGGGCAGAAACGACCAGAAUACGGGUGUAGAUGGAAACAUAACGCCUUGCUCACAGUGGAUCACUAUUUGGCAGGGUUAAAACGUCCUGCCAGCAACGCAGCAAAAAUGGCCUGACGAUAGCGAUACCUUUCCGAGCACACAGUUUAUUCAUUUACCCGAAGUGUCUACUUACACGACUCGAAACAUUGUAGAGAACCUUUCAUAAAGCAGUAUGAAUGGCCAGCUGGACCUGAGUGGGAAGCUGAUCAUCAAGGCUCAGCUGGGCGACGACAUCCGCCGCAUCCCCAUCCACAAUGAAGACAUCACCUAUGACGAGCUCCUGCUCAUGAUGCAGCGCGUUUUCCGCGGCCAGCUCCAGAGCAGUGACGAAGUCACCAUCAAAUACAAGGAUGAAGAUGAUGACCUUAUCACCAUCUUUGACAGCUCUGAUCUGUCCUUCGCCAUCCAGUGCAGCAGAAUAUUAAAGCUCACUCUGUUCGUGAAUGGGCAGCCACGGCCGCUGGAGUCGUCUCAGGUUAAGCACCUGCGCAAAGAGCUGAUCCAGCUGAGGAACAGAAUCAACAGCCUUCUGGACAGCUUGGAGCCGCCCUCAGAGCCUGCACUGGAGAGCAACAACCCUGAGACGGAAUGUGUGGAAGCUGUAGACACAGCAGUGAAGCAGGCUCCUCCGGUCAGCGCUGCUAGCAUGUCUGCCUUUGACCCACUGAAGAACCAAGAAGAGGUCAGCAAGAAUGUCAUCUCAGCGUUUGGCCUGUCAGAAGAGCCUGCUCCAGCCCCAGCAGUAGCUGCAGUGGAAGAGCGCUCUGGCACUCCUGACAGUAUUAACUCAUCCUCCUCUGCUGCUCAUCCUCCUGCUGGGGCGGCUCAGGGUGCCCCACCUUACACAGCGGUACAGCAGUCUCCUGCCACCACAGUGGAUGGUCAGAUGUAUCAGCAGUAUCAAGCUCCAGGUGGAUAUCCUCCUCAGCAGCCGGCUGCUCCUCAGCAGCAGUAUGGCAUGCAGUACCCUGCAGGUUAUACUACUCAGCCUGGUGGCCCUCAAGCCCCUCCACCUCAGCAACAGUUCCAGAAUUACCCCACCCCUACAUCUCAGGCUGCUGCUCCUGGCUCCGCCCCUGGAUUUAGUGCCCAGUCACAGGCUCCUCCCCCUCCCCAGCCCCAGGGUACAGGCCAGUACCCACCACCUCAGUUUCCUUCUCAGACCUACACUUCCCAGGCCUCCCAGCAGCCAGCCAACUACAGCCUGCCGCCCACCUCCCAGCCAGCCCCGGGGUAUCAGUCUCGUCCUGGAUACACCCCGCCCCCAGGUGUGACCCCACCCCCCGGGGGCUCCAAUCCCUAUGCCCGCAACCGCCCCCCCUACGGCCAGGGCUACACCCAGCCCGGCCCUGGCUACCGGUAAAAACCAGCUGCAGCACUAGAGUAAAACAGAUCAAACCCCAAUGCCCUGCGUUUGACGUCGUGUGUGUGUGUGUGUGUGUGAAGAUGUGUGAGCGAAUGUGAGAAAUUUAAUUUGUGUGUGGUUGCACAGAUGAGACCAAACGGUGUAGGAGUUGAGAGCUGUGAGUGUGUUAUUAGAGUGAGAACAACCUGUGCAUGUGUGUUUUGGUGUGUUUUGGCAUAUGAGUUUUAUUUUAACACUUGUCUACUCGUUGGUGUUAUUGUGUGUUAAAUCAUGCGUCAGCUUUUUGUUGAAACACUAGAUAUAAUCAGAGCUGAAGGAAAUGACAUUGUUUAAUUCUCUUUUUUCCCCAUCAUUCUCUCCUUUUCAUCAUUCCCCCUCUCCUGGUUUUUACUAAUAUCUGACUGGCCCUGUGCAGUGGCCCAAGUCAUUCUGUAUAAACUGUAACAUUUGUUUUCUGGAGGUGAAUAAAGACUUUAAAACUAAA